UAAGGUUCUCUUAAACUCUUGAACUGAUAUUCGUUACUCUAACAAAUUUUCAGCAUAUCAAAUCCAAAAAGAAUCAUGGGAUGUUCUCUUUAUCCAUUGCCAUCUACAUAUUUCCAUAAACCAUCCAUGCCCACCAUUUGUAGAAGACGUUUAAGGUCCAUGCUAAACACAAGAGCAAUGGCUAAAGAACUCUAUUUCAACCAUGAUGGUUCAGCAAUGAAGAAGCUUCAGGCAGGUGUUGACUUGGUGGCAGAGUUGGUUGGAGUAACUUUGGGACCAAAAGGAAGAAACGUAGUGUUGCAGAAUAAAUAUGGACCUCCCAAGAUUGUUAAUGACGGUGAAACUGUUCUUAAAGAGAUAGAAUUGGAGGACCCUUUGGAGAAUGUGGGAGUAAAAUUAGUAAGACAAGCUGGUGCAAAGACAAAUGAGCUUGCCGGUGACGGUUGCACUACAUCUAUAGUACUUGCACAAGGUCUUAUUGCUGAGGGCAUGAAGGUUAUUGCGGCCGGGAUGAACCCUAUUCAGCUCUCACGUGGGAUUGAGAAAACUACCAAAGCCCUUGUUUCAGAACUGAAAUUGAUGUCCAGAGAAGUUGAGGAUCACGAGCUCGUGGAUGUCGCUGCUGUUAGUGCAGGGAAUGAUUAUGCAGUGGGAAACAUGAUUUCUAAUGCCCUUCAGAAAGUAGGAAGAAAGGGAGUAGUCAGAAUUGAGAAAGGGAACCAUGGUGAAAAUAGCCUGCGCAUUGUAGAGGGGAUGGAAUUUGAUCGAGGAUAUUUGUCUCCUUAUUUUGUUACCAAUCGAAGAGAGAUGAUAGCAGAACUUCACAAUUGCAAGUUGCUUUUGGUUGACAAAAAAAUCACAAACGCAAAGGAGAUGUUUAAAAUAUUGGAUAAUGCAGUUAAGGAGAAGUAUCCGAUUGUCAUAGUUGCAGAGGGCAUUGAGCAGGAAGCUUUGGCUCCAGUAAUUAGGAACAAGCUCAAAGGUACACUGAAGGCAGUUGCUAUUAGAGCUCCUGCAUUUGGUGAGCGCAAGAGCCAUUACCUAGAUGAUAUUGCCAUCUUGACAGGAGGGACUGUGAUCAGAGAUGACAUGGGUUUGACUCUUGAGAAUGCUCACAAGGGAUUGCUUGGAAGUGCAUCUAAGGUGGUGAUAACGAAAAACUCUACGUUAAUAGUUACUGAUGGAAGAAAUCAAGAGGCCGUUCAGAAAAGGGUUUCCCAGAUACAAAGGCUUGUGGAGAAUACAGAAGAAAAGUUCCAAAAGAAAUUGUUGAAUGAAAGAAUAGCAAGGUUAUCAGGGGGCAUUGCUAUUCUUCAGGUGGGAGCACAAACUCAAGUUGAGAUGAAGGACAAACAACUGAGAAUGGAAGAUGCUUUAAAUGCAACCAAGGCAGCCAUUGAGGAAGGUGUAGUGGUUGGCGGGGCCUGCUGCCUUCUUAGGCUCUCUUUGAAGGUGGAAGAUAUCAAGAACCACUUAGAUAAUGAAGAACAAAGGAUAGGAGCUGACAUUCUUAGAAAGGCAUUGGCCUAUCCAGCAAGACAGAUAGCAAAGAAUGCUGGUCUAAAUGGAAAUGCUGUUAUAGAGAAGGUUCUGUCAGUAGACAAUGCAGCGUAUGGUUAUAAUGCUGCCAGAGACAAAUACGAGGAUUUGGUGGCUGCUAGGAUUUUGGAUCCUUCAAAGGUUGUUAGAUGUUGCCUGGAACAUGCAGCAUCCGUAGCCAAUACUUUCCUGACAUCGAAUGCUGUUGUAAUUGAUAUUAAGGAGCCAGUGCCCAAUAACUUAAUGAGAAAACCAUUGCGAACCUCAGGUAUUGGACCAAUCGGUGCUAGCUCAUUGGUGUGAAUUUCCAAGUCAAAUUGGAGUUUAAUGCUCCUGCAUUUAGUCGAAUGAAAGAGAUGGAGGAAAAUUUGACAACACUGAAGAUGCUAAUUUUUUUCAAUCCAUCUUGGAAAGCUAUUGGAAAUUCUCCUUGUCCAACACUCAUUUGUUUUCCUACAAAUGAGGAGAGCAUAUCUGGUCAGCAAGUCUGACUUGGGAGUUGGGAGAAUAGUACAGUCAAUUUGCUGUAGUGGAUGUAAAGCCAGAUGUCUGAGGUAAAUUUGACAUUUGACAGAAUGCAUUUGGCACUUUGUAGAGUGAACUUUACAGAAGCGAAGGACAGUACAUAGUAAACCGUAGGCAAACACAGAACAGAAGGGGCUGAAAACGGAAGUAGUGAUAUAUCUCUGUCAUCUUAUUGAAUUCCAAAGUGUACAUUACCAAUAUCCUACUCUUACGUAUUCUAGAGUUCCAGCAUUCUC